AUGGCAGCGAUACUGGCUCGUCGCGGCAUGCUGCCCCCCCGAUCCAUCGAGCCCCGGUCUUCGGCCAUUGCGGUUACCAUUCAGAGUCCAUCCUGUGCUCGAUUCAUCGGCUCGACAUUCAAGCCUACCCUCCCGGCAGGGGCAUGGGACAGCCACAUGCAUAUAAUCGAUACCACCCGCUAUCCGCUCCCAGAGAAUGCCAAACCAGCCUCUCAUCAAGCCACAGUGCGCCAGGCCCUCGCCAACGCCGAGCACCUAGCAUUGCCCAACAUGGUCCUUGUCCAGCUGUCCAACUACGGCAACGAUAACAGCUGGGUGCUUGAUGUUCUCAGCGAAUUGGGACCCGCCCGGAGCCGAGGUGUUGUCGCAUUCGACCCUGACACGAUUGGCUCGCGCACUCUUCUCCAGUGGCAUGAGCUGGGUGUCCGAGGCGUUCGGCUCAACCUGAGAUCCUCCAACUCCGUCCUGUCAAAAGUAGAGAUUCAGACCGCACUACGCAAGUACGCAGAUAAACUGCGACCCAUGAAAACAUGGUCUAUCGGCCUGUAUGCCGACAUGGACGUUCUUGAUCACGUCCAGCCGCUGAUAUCCGAACUUCAGGUCAAGGUGGUCCUGGAGCACUUUGGCUCUCCAACCCGCCUUCCAUUGAACCCGGCUGACCAGCCCGGCUGGAACGCGCUCAAAACGAUGAUGGGGGACCCUCGCGUUUAUGUCAAGAUAUCAGCACCGUAUCUUUUCUCCAAAGACUUGGAUUUCGCCGACUUGGAGUCACUAGCAAAAGCGCUGUUCGACAUGCGAAAUGGGAACGGCGUCGUGUUCGGUUCUGACUGGCCGCACACCAAGUCGCCGGGAUACGAUGCGACGCUUUUCAGGGACAAGGUGGUGGAGUGGUGCGGCGGCGACCAAGUGCUGCUGGAGAAGCUAUUUCUACGUAACGCUCAGAAUCUAUGGGAUGUUGAAUAG